GCUGUAGGCUACUGACAGCGCUGCUCGGUAUUGGCUGCAGGCUACUGACAGCGCUACGCACUGUCUCGAUCACAUCAGCAGCCUGAAGUUUGUAGCGGACCGAUGUUGCGAGAUCUGCGCACCGCUUUUUAUCACCGCUUUGCUAUUCGCAUUUAUCCAUAGAGACCCUUAGACUUGAGCGUUUGCUGCGGGGAUUUUACGCACCUGCAACUUUGGACUGAUCUGAUCAAUUUGGGAUGGAAUCAAACGGAAAAGCAGAAAAACAUGGGUUAGAGGGAGAUGUGGACCUGCGGUUCUUGCUGGUGGGAGGAGAGCUGCUGAAGGUGAGGUCCUCCUCCUGGAAGAAGAACCGCUUCUACAAGCUGCAGGAGGACUGUACAACCAUGUGGCACGAGUCACACAGGACCUUCAAGCGCAACCAGACCUUUUCCAUUGAUGACGUCGACUCUGUGCGUAAGGGCCGCCAGUCGGAGGGUCUUCAGAAGCACACAGAGGCCCACGUGGAGGACCUCUGUUUCUCCAUCAUCUUUAAGGGCCGCAGGAGGAACCUGGACCUGGUGGCGGCCUCGGCGGAGGAGGCUAGGCAGUGGGUCAAUGGUCUGGAGAAGAUCCUCUCUAACGUGAAGAAACUCAACCGCCAGCAGACGAGCGAGCACUGGAUCUUCAACUGUAUGAGGAAAGCAGACAAGAACAAGGACAACAAGAUGACUCUGAAGGAGCUGAAACACUUCCUCCGUCAGAUCAACAUCGAGGUGGACGACAUGUACGCUGAAGUGCUGUUUGCAAAAUGUGACAAGUCUAACUCGGGCUCCCUGGAAGGUCCUGAGAUCAAACACUUCUAUGACCUGCUGGUAUAUCGCGAGGAGAUCGAUGUGAUCUAUGGGAAGUACGCCACUACGGGGGAGCAGAUGAGUGUCAAAGACCUGCUCAACUUCCUGCUGAACGAGCAGCGUGAGGUGGCCACCAUGGAGGACGCUGUAAGACUCAUAGAGAGAUACGAGCUGGACGAUUCAGCAAAACAGAAGAAUCACAUGACCAAAGAUGGCUUCCUGAUGUACCUGCAACAGGAGGAGGGGUCUAUCUUCAACCCCGCCCACAAGGAGGUGUUCCAGGAUAUGAGCCAGCCAAUCAACCACUACUUCAUCAGCUCCUCCCACAACACCUACCUGAUGGAAGACCAGCUCAAAGGCCACAGCAGCACAGAGGCCUAUAUCAAGGCCCUGAUGAAGAGUUGUCGAUGUGUGGAGUUAGACUGUUGGGACGGGGCCCACGGGGAGCCAAUCAUCUACCACGGCCACACCCUCACCUCCAAGGUCCUGUUUAAAGACGUCAUCAAGGCCAUCAAGGAGUACGCCUUCAAGACAUCAGAGUACCCAGUGAUCCUGUCCCUGGAGAACCACUGUACCCUGGAGCAGCAGAAACUGAUGGCCCAGCACAUGAUCUCCAUCCUGGGCAGUGCCCUGCUCACCUCCCCUCUGGAGGACCAGAUGCCCACUGCCUUCCCCUCACCCCAGGAGUUGAAGGGUCGGUUCAUCAUCAAGGGGAAACGUCUGAACAAGCUGGAUGCCGUCUACAGCAAUACUAGUCCUGGAGUAGAGGAAGACUGUGUCUCAGAGGAGGACGAGGCUGCAGAGACCAACAACUCCAAGACAGACCCCAACGGACAGAAGGCCAAAGCCAAGAAGUCAAAGAUCAAGCUAGCCAAGCAGCUGUCUGAUCUGGCGAUCUACUGUAAGAGUGUCCACUUCUCAGGGUUUGAGCACGCUGAAAACAACCAGGCCUUCUAUGAGAUGUCCUCCUUUAAAGAGAGCAAGGCUUUUAACCUGGCCGAGACAGCAGCGAACGCCUUCAUCCACCACAACAUGACCAAGCUGAGCCGCAUCUACCCAGCUGGAUCCAGAACAGCCUCCUCCAACUACGACCCAGUUCCCCUGUGGAACGCAGGCUGUCAGAUAGUGGCGCUGAACUUCCAGACUCCCUCUAAGGAGAUGGACCUGAACCAGGGCCGGUUCCGGUCCAACGGGCUGAGUGGAUACGUCCUGAAGCCUGACUUCCAGAGAUACCCUGGGACAGAGUUUGACCCAAUGACCCUCACCAAGGGACCCUGGCUCAAGCACAAGAACUUCCACGUCAUGGUGAUCUCAGCCCAGCAGCUGCCCAAGAUAAACAAGGACAAGCCUAAAUCCAUCGUGGACCCGCUGGUUAAAGUGGAGAUCUACGGUGUUCCAGCUGACACGUGCAGCAAGGAGACACGCUCCAUCGAGAACAACGGUUUUAACCCCAUGUGGAAUGAGACGUUCCAAUUUGACAUCCAGGUACCAGAGCUGGCGCUGGUCCGCUUCCUGGUCGAAGACUAUGACUCCACCUCACAGAACGACCUGAUUGGACAGUACUGCCUGCCACUCACCAGUCUACAGAACGGUUACCGCCAAGUCCCUCUGCUCACCAAGCGUGGUGAUGUCAUCCCCUCCGCAGGCUUGUUUGUUCACCUCAUGCUGCUGGACUCCAAAUAGACCCCGCCCACUUCACACGGAGCCCUCCCACAUAACACAGACUCCUCCCACAUACUACUGACUCCUCCCACAUAACACAGACUCCUCCCACACCACAAGGACCCCUGAAAACGUGUGUUUUUGCAGCUAUGCGGUGGGUGGGUCUGACAUGCUAAGUUGCUUUUUAAAAGUAUUGUAUGUGAAUGAUACAAGCAAGUAAAGGAUCCUAUUGAGGGUAGUUAGUGUGUUGCUGGUCCUAUAGAGGGUAGUUAGCAGGUUGCUGGUCCUAUAGAGGGUAGUUAGUAUGGUGCUGGUCCUAUAGAGGGUAGUUAGCAGGUUGCUGGUCCUAUAGAGAGUAGUUAGUGUGUUGCUGGUCCUAUAGAGUGUAGUUAGUGUGUUGCUGGUCCUAUAGAGUGUAGUUAGUGUGUUGCUGGUCCUAUAGAGGGUAGUUAGCAGGUUGCUGGUCCUAUAGAGGGUAGUUAGUAUGGUGCUGGUCCUAUAGAGGGUAGUUAGCAGGUUGCUGGUCCUAUAGAGAGUAGUUAGUGUGUUGCUGGUCCUAUAGAGGGUAGUUAGUGUGUUGCUGGUCCAAUAGAGAGUAGUUAGCAUGUUGCUGGUCCAAUAGAGGGUAGUUAGCAGGUUGCUGGUCCUAUAGAGUGUAGUUAGUGUGUUGCUGGUCCUAUAGAGUGUAGUUAGUAUGUUGCUGGUCCUAUAGAGUGUAGUUAGUAUGUUGCUGGUCCUAUAGAGAGUAGUUAGUAUGGUACUAAGAGAGUAGUUAGUAUGUUGCUGGUCCAAAAGAGGGUAGUUAGCAGGUUGCUGGUCCUAUAGAGGGUAGUUAGUGUGUUGCUGGUCCUAUAGAGGGUAGUUAGUGUGUUGCUGGUCCUAUAGAGGGUAGUUAGUGUGUUGCUGGUCCUAUAGAGAGUAGUUAGUGUGUUACUGGUCCUAUAGAGGGUAGUGAGCAGGUUGCUGGUCCUAUAGAGGGUAGUUAGUGUGUUACUGGUCCUAUUGAGGGUAGUUAGUGUGUUGCUGGUCCUAUAGAGGGUAGUUAGCAGGUUGCUGGUCCUAUAGAGAGUAGUUAGUGUGUUGCUGGUCCUAUAGAGAGUAGUUAGUGUGUUGCUGGUCCUAUAGAGGGUAGUUAGUGUGUUGCUGGUCCUAUAGAGGGUAGUUAGUGUGUUGCUGGUCCUAUAGAGGGUAGUUAGUGUGUUGCUGGUCCUAUAGAGGGUAGUUAGCAGGUUGCUGGUCCUAUAGAGGGUAUUUAGUGUGUUGCUGGUCCUAUAGAGGGUAGUUAGCAGGUUGCUGGUCCUAUAGAGUGUAGUUAGUGUGUUGCUGGUCCUAUAGAGUGUAGUUAGUGUGUUGCUGGUCCUAUAGAGGGUAGUUAGCAGGUUGCUGGUCCUAUAGAGGGUAGUUAGUAUGGUGCUGGUCCUAUAGAGGGUAGUUAGCAGGUUGCUGGUCCUAUAGAGAGUAGUUAGUGUGUUGCUGGUCCUAUAGAGGGUAGUUAGUGUGUUGCUGGUCCAAUAGAGUGUAGUUAGCAUGUUGCUGGUCCAAUAGAGGGUAGUUAGCAGGUUGCUGGUCCUAUAGAGUGUAGUUAGUGUGUUGCUGGUCCUAUAGAGUGUAGUUAGUAUGUUGCUGGUCCUAUAGAGUGUAGUUAGUAUGUUGCUGGUCCUAUAGAGAGUAGUUAGUAUGGUACUAAGAGAGUAGUUAGUAUGUUGCUGGUCCAAAAGAGGGUAGUUAGCAGGUUGCUGGUCCUAUAGAGGGUAGUUAGUGUGUUGCUGGUCCUAUAGAGGGUAGUUAGUGUGUUGCUGGUCCUAUAGAGGGUAGUUAGUGUGUUGCUGGUCCUAUAGAGAGUAGUUAGUGUGUUACUGGUCCUAUAGAGGGUAGUGAGCAGGUUGCUGGUCCUAUAGAGGGUAGUUAGUGUGUUACUGGUCCUAUUGAGGGUAGUUAGUGUGUUGCUGGUCCUAUAGAGGGUAGUUAGCAGGUUGCUGGUCCUAUAGAGAGUAGUUAGUGUGUUGCUGGUCCUAUAGAGAGUAGUUAGUGUGUUGCUGGUCCUAUAGAGGGUAGUUAGUGUGUUGCUGGUCCUAUAGAGGGUAGUUAGUGUGUUGCUGGUCCUAUAGAGGGUAGUUAGCAGGUUGCUGGUCCUAUAGAGGGUAUUUAGUGUGUUGCUGGUCCUAUAGAGGGUAGUUAGUAUGUUGCUGGUCCUAUAGAGUGUAGUUAGUGUGUUGCUGGUCCUAUAGAGAGUAGUUAUUAUGUUGCUGGUCCUAUUGAGGGUAGUUAGUGUGUUGCUGGUCCAAUAGAGGGUAGUUAGUAUGUUGCUGGUCCUAUUGAGAGUAGUUAGUAUGGUACUAAGAGAGUAGUUAGUAUGUUGCUGGUCCAAAAGAGGGUAGUUAGCAGGUUGCUGGUCCUGUUGAGGGUAGUUAGUGUGUUGCUGGUCCUAUAGAGGGUAGUUAGUGUGUUGCUGGUACUAUAGAGAGUAGUUAGUAUGUUGCUGGUCCAAUAGAGAGUAGUUAGCAGGUUGCUGGUCCUAUAGAUGGUAGUUAGUGUGUUGCUGGUCCUAUAGAGGGUAGUUAGUGUGUUGCUGGUCCUAUAAAGGGUAGUUAGCAGGUUGCUGGUCCUAUAGAGGGUAUUUAGUGUGUUGCUGGUCCUAUAGAGGGUAGUUAGCACGUUGCUGGUCCUAUAGAGGGUAGUUAGUGUGUUGCUGGUCCUAUAAAGGGUAGUUAGUAGGUUGCUGGUCCUAUAGAGGGUAGUUAGUGUGUUGCUGGUCCUAUAGAGAGUAGUUAGUAUGUUGCUGGUCCUAUUGAGGGUAGUUAGUGUGUUGCUGGUCCAAUAGAGGGUAGUUAGUAUGUUGCUGGUCCUAUUGAGAGUAGUUAGUAUGGUACUAAGAGAGUAGUUAGUAUGUUUCUGGUCCAAAAGAGGGUAGUUAGCAGGUUGCUGGUCCUAUUGAGGGUAGUUAGUGUGUUGCUGGUCCUAUAGAGGGUAGUUAGUGUGUUGCUGGUCCAAUAGAGAGUAGUUAGCAGGUUGUUGGUCCUAUUGAGGGUAGUUAGUAUGUUGCAGCUCCAAUAGAGAGUAGUUAGCAUGUUGCUGGUCCUAUUGAGGGUAGUUAGUAUGGUACUAUAGAGAGUUGUUGGUAUGUUGCUGGUCCAAUAGAGAGUAGUUAGCAGGUUGCUGGUCCUAUAGAGUGUAGUUAGUGUGUUGCUGGUCCUAUAGAGUGUAGUUAGUGUGUUGCUGGUCCUAUAGAGGGUAGUUAGCAGGUUGCUGGUCCUAUAGAAGGUAGUUAGUAUGUUGCUGGUCCUAUAGAGGGUAGUUAGUAUGUUGCUGGUACUAUAGAGAGUAGUUAGUAUGUUGCUGGUCCAAUAGAGAGUAGUUAGCAGGUUGCUGGUCCUAUAGAGGGUAGUUAGUGUGUUGCUGGUCCUAUAGAGGGUAUUUAGUGUGUUGCUUGUCCUAUAGAGGGUAGUGAGCAGGUUGCUGGUCCUAUAGAGGGUAGUUAGCAGGUUGCUGGUCCUAUAGAGGGUAGUUAGUAAGUUGCUGGUCCAAUAGAGGGUAGUUAGUAUGUUGCUGGUCCUAUAGAGGGUAGUGAGCAGGUUGCUGGUCCUAUAGAGGGUAGUUAGUAGGUUGCUGGUCCAAUAGAGAGUAGUUAGCAGGUUACUGGUCCUAUAGAGAGUAGUUAGUGUGUUGCUGGUCCUAUAGAGGGUAGUUAGUGUGUUGCUGGUCCUAUAGAGGGUAGUUAGUGUGUUGCUGGUCCUAUUGAGGGUAGUUAGUAGGUUGCUGGUCCUAUUGAGAGUAGUUAGUAGGUUGCUGGUCCUAUAGAGGGUAGUUAGUAGGUUGCUGGUCCUAUAGAGGGUAGUUAGUGUGUUGCUGGUCCUAUUGAGGGUAGUUAGUGUGUUGCUGGUCCUAUUGAGGGUAGUUAGUAGGUUGCUGGUCCUAUAGAGGGUAGUUAGUAGGUUGCUGGUCCUAUAGAGGGUAGUUAGUAUGGGACUAUAGAGAGUAGUUAGUAUGUUGCUGGUCCAAUAGAGAGUAGUUAGUAGGUUGCUGGGACUAUAGAGAGUAGUUAGUAUGUUGCUGGUCCUAUAGAGGGUAGUUAGCAGGUUGCUGGUCCUAUAGAGGGUAGUUAGUGUGUUGCGGGUCCUAUAGAGAGUAGUUAGUGUGUUGCUGGUCCUAUAGAGGGUAGUUAGUAUGUUGCUGGGCCUAUAGAGAGUAGUUAGUAUGUUGCUGGUCCUAUAGAGGGUAGUUAGUGUGUUGCUGGUCCUAUAGAGGGUAGUUGGUAUAUUGCUGGUCCUAUAGAGAGUAGUUAGUAUGUUGCUGGUCCUAUAGAGGGUAGUUAGCAGGUUGCUGGUCCUAUAGAGGGUAGUUAGUGUGUUACUGGUCCUAUAGAGGGUAGUUAGUAUGUUGCUGGUCCAAUAGAGAGUAGUUAGUGUGUUGCUGGUCCUAUAGAGUGUAGUUAGUGUGUUACUGGUCCUAUAGAGGGUAGUUAGUGUGUUGCUGGUCCUAUAGAGGGUAGUUAGUGUGUUGCUGGUCCUAUAGAGGGUAGUUAGUAUGUUGCUGGUCCAAUAGAGAGUAGUUAGUGUGUUGCUGGUCCUAUAGAGGGUAGUUAGUAUGUUGCUGGUCCAAUAGAGAGUAGUUAGCAGGUUGCUGGUCCUAUUGAGGGUAGUUAGCAGGUUGCUGGUCCUAUAGAGGGUAGUUAGCAGGUUGCUGGUCCUAUAGAGGGUAGUUAGCAGGUUGCUGGUCCUAUUGAGGGUAGUUAGCAGGUUGCUGGUCCUAUAGAGGGUAGUUAGUGUGUUGCUGGUCCUAUAGGGGGUAGUUAGUAUGUUGCUGGUCCUAUAGAGGGUAGUUAGCAGGUUGCUGGUCCUAUAGAGGGUAGUUAGUAGGUUGCUGGUCCUAUUGAGGGUAGUUAGCAGGUUGCUGGUCCUAUAGAGGGUAGAUAGUGUGUUGCUGGUCCUAUAGAGGGUAGUUAGUGUGUUGCUGGUCCUAUAGAGGGUAGUUAGCAGGUUGCUGGUCCUAUAGAGGGUAGUUAGUGUGUUGCUGGUCCUAUAGAGGGUAGUUAAUAGGUUGCUGGUCCUAUUGAGGGUAGUUAGUAUGGUACUAUAGAGGGUAGUUAGCAGGUUGCUGGUCCUAUUGAGGGUAGUUAGUAUGGUACUAUAGAGAGUAGUUAGUAUGUUGCUGGUCCAAUAGAGAGUAGUUAGCAGGUUGCUGGUCCUAUAGAGGGUAGUUAAUAGGUUACUGGUCCUAUAGAGGGUAGUUAGUGAGUUGCUGGUCCAAUAGAGAGUAGUUAGCAGGUUGCUGGUCCUAUAGAGGGUAGUUAGCAGGUUGCUGGUCCUAUAGAGGGUAGUUAGCAGGUUGCUGGUCCUAUUGAGGGUAGUUAGCAGGUUGCUGGUCCUAUAGAGGGUAGUUAGUGUGUUGCUGGUCCUAUAGGGGGUAGUUAGUAUGUUGCUGGUCCUAUAGAGGGUAGUUAGCAGGUUGCUGGUCCUAUAGAGGGUAGUUAGUAGGUUGCUGGUCCUAUUGAGGGUAGUUAGCAGGUUGCUGGUCCUAUAGAGGGUAGAUAGUGUGUUGCUGGUCCUAUAGAGGGUAGUUAGUGUGUUGCUGGUCCUAUAGAGGGUAGUUAGUGUGUUGCUGGUCCUAUAGAGGGUAGUUAGCAGGUUGCUGGUCCUAUAGAGGGUAGUUAGUGUGUUGCUGGUCCUAUAGAGGGUAGUUAAUAGGUUGCUGGUCCUAUUGAGGGUAGUUGGUAUGGUACUAUAGAGGGUAGUUAGCAGGUUGCUGGUCCUAUUGAGGGUAGUUAGUAUGGUACUAUAGAGAGUAGUUAGUAUGUUGCUGGUCCAAUAGAGAGUAGUUAGCAGGUUGCUGGUCCUAUAGAGGGUAGUUAAUAGGUUACUGGUCCUAUAGAGGGUAGUUAGUGAGUUGCUGGUCCAAUAGAGAGUAGUUAGCAGGUUGCUGGUCCUAUAGAGGGUAGUUAUCGUUCGUCCAGACAUGAGUUGAGGUGAUUUUAAGAGCUAUAGACGUAUUACUGACGUUUGCUAGAGCUUUUUAAUCAGAGACUAAAGGGAAUCUGGUCGACAAAACUAUCUAUGGAUUGUAACGUAACUGGCCAUUCUUAUGAGAGAAGCAGACGUGAUGCUUUAAAAAAUAAAUAUGACUAAAAUGUUCUUAAAGUUUAUGUGUUGUUUAUUUUACAGGACAGAAUGUUUUGCUUCCUAACUGAUAGCAUGACACAAUAUCACUGUAGCCUUCUGCUAUUAUUACAUGGUACUUUAACCCUCUUUGUCUCUUCAAACAAAGAAAACAGUAUGGUUCAAUUGUACAAACAGCAUUGUGUGUCUUUAUAAAAAAUGUGAUUUUGUUGCAAAAUGACAAUGUUUUCUUUUUUUAUAUAUUUUAAAUUAUUAUUCUGCUAUCAAUCGGCAAAAUAAACAGCAUUGGACAAAUUACGAA